UAUAGUCAGAAUUUGGUAAAUCACUAUUAUUGAUAAAUUUCCUUAAAAAGUGAUAGGAAUUCCCAGAUAACACACGUAAAUGGUUUUUAAUUUGUUUUGAAUUAACUGCUUCGCGCACCAGUCCUACAGAAGUCGUCUAGCGAGAUUCUUCUUCAGAAGUACGGUUAGACAAGCAAAAAACUUGUUAUACACAUUGCCUUUUGGCUUACUUCCAAAGACACAUUUCGAAGAAUCGAGAGUAUGAGUCCUUAAUAAGGAAUUUUUUGAAAAAAGUUGUAAGCUACUUUAACGAACCGACUAUGACAAGUGACGGUUUUGUAAAAUGCUUCCUUUGUUUUUAUUUCGUUUCAAGUGUUUUAGUUAUAAGUAAUGGAUAUACUAUAAGUGUAAAUGAAAAUUUUAAUAAUAGUUUAGUGAGGUCUCCAAGGGCAGUUAAAAAGUGUGAUGGAUUUGUAUGUGCCACAUCGGGAACAUGUAUUAAAGCUGAAGAUAGAUGUGAUGGUAAGGUAGACUGUCCAGAUGGUAGUGAUGAAUUUUCAGAUUGUAAAACGGCAGUACAAUGCCCUGGGUAUUUAUAUGUUUGUGAUUACGGUGCUUGUAUAGAUCCAGACAAACAAUGCAAUGGAGUCCAAGACUGCAGAGACAAUUCGGAUGAGAUCUAUUGUCCUGACGCGCCAUCUGUCAAUUGCAAACCAAAUGAAUUUGAAUGCAGUAAUGGCCAAUGCAUACACCGAGAUCUCAAAUGCAACGGUGUAGCUGACUGUGAUGAUAAAUCAGAUGAAACUAAAGAAACCUGCUCAGACAUGUUUUGCCCUGGUUUCACUUUUAAGUGUGAUUACGGCGCGUGUGUACCGGGCUACGCACCUUGUGAUGGUAAUAAUGAUUGUAUUGACGGUUCCGAUGAACGUAAUUGUGGAACCCCACCACAACAGAAUACAACUAAGAAGCCACCAGUAGUCAUUACCGAUAAACCACCUGUAGUAAUUACCGAUAAACCACCUGUAGUUAUUACCGAUAAACCACCUGUGACAGUUGCACCUGAAGGACCGGGUUGUAUAUUACCUCCUCAUCCAGAACAUGGACGAUGGAUGAUUGAAGUUAAGAAACGAGGCCGAGCAAACUCCCAAGCCAUGGAAACAGUAGACCUCCAACCAAACACCAAAGUAGGGCUGAACACAAUCUUAACAUUUAAGUGUGAUCCGGAGCAUGUCAUGUCUGGUUCACCAUUUAGCGCUUGUUUCGAUGAAGGUUGGACUACCCCACCACCAACUUGUGAAAGAUUAUGUCCACCUCUUUCCAGCACACAAACAACACAUGUUAUAUGUCAAAACGAAAAGAAGGGAGAAGUAAAAUGUGAAGAAGCUACCCAUGGCACUAGCGCCAAGUUCGAAUGCGCUCCAUAUUAUGAAUCAGCUGACAGAGGUUCUCCAUUGAGAUUUUGCUAUGAUGGAAGUUGGAAUUUACCACCACCACAAUGUAUACCAGUUUGUGGAGAGAAGCGUGUUACUGCAGAACCGCUUAUAGUAAAUGGACAAAACGUCGAAAAAGGUGAUUAUCCGUGGACGACAGCAGUAUUCCAAAAACAAGGAGGAGGGUUUAUGAAUGUUUGCGGAGGGUCUAUGUUGACACAAAGAGUUAUUAUAACAGCUGCGCAUUGUGUAACAGAUGCAACCGGAACAAAAAUUAGCAAAGAUAAUGUACGAAUUGGUGUUGGAAAAUACUAUAAGGAUUACAAUGACCCAAGAGAUACUUUAGCUCAGUAUUCUGAAAUUCAGGAGAUUAUCGUACAUUCCAGAUACAAAGGAGAAGCACAAAGAUAUGCUUCCGAUAUAGCAUUUUUGGUGACAAAGGUUAAAUUAAUGUUAUCAAAAGUAGUACAGCCAGUUUGCUACCAUAAUUUAAACGAUAACAAUAAUCGCUUAACUUCUAGAGAUGUAGGAGUGGUUACUGGAUGGGGUUAUACAGAAGCUGGUGGUAAACCGUCCGACACAUUAAAAGAAGUUAAAAUACCAUACAAAGACGAUGCCACUUGCGUCGCUGAAUUACCAACCGAAUGGAGUGACCAAUACUUUACCAAUGAUAAAUUUUGUGCUGGACAUUAUAAUAAAAGUAUAGCAGUAUGCAAAGGAGAUAGUGGAGGGGGGCUCUGUUUUCCUAAUCGAAGAGACGGAAGAUAUUAUAUCCAAGGUUUAGUUAGCGUAGGUCAUAGAGUAACGGAUGGCUGUGAUGUGCAAAUAAGUGCUCUAUUCACUAAAGUAGGUUUCCACUUAGAGCUUGUGGAACAAGUAACUGCCCAAUAUCAAUAAUGUAGCUUUUAUUUAGCAAAUAAAAUAUAUUUUUUUAAAAAUGUC